UAUAUAUAUAUAUAUAUACUUUUUCAUUAAUUAUGAAGGAUAUACAACAAAAGUCAUUCACAUUCUUAAUAAUAUCAAUACUUCUUUUAAUAACUUUCCUUCCAAAAGGAUUAUCGCAAGUAACAAAAACAGCAGUAGUAGUAAGUACAUUGCCUGAUGUUACAAUUACAGUAACAGCACCACCACCAGUUGUUGCUCCAACUGAUACCAGUGUACCUGGUCCAGGACCAGCUGCUCCCGGUUCUCCCAAUGGUUCUCCUGGAGCACCUCCACCACAACCUGGAGCACCUCAACCUGGAGCACCUCAACCUGGCGCUCCUCAGCCUGGAGCGCCUCAGCCUGGAGCGCCUCAACCUCAACCUCAACCUCAACCUGUUACUCCUGCUCCUGGAGUGCCACAACCGUCUAAUAAUGUUCCUUCCCCAGGAGGUACACCAAAUAAUAGUCCAACGGUUUCUACGGUUAGUUCAAGUUCAUCACAAACAAACAGUAUAACCAAUAUCUUAACUGGUCACGUACCCGUACCUUCUACUAGACCUAAUAAUGGUGGUAAUAAUUUAAGUUGGAAUUUAAUAGAUUGUAGUAUUAUUAUAGGUGGAUUAAUUAUGGGUAUUUUAGUAUUAUAAAAAUGGGUAGUAAAAAAAAAAAGGGAUUAGAACGAUUAAAUGUGCAAUUCAAACAAUUCAAACAAUUCAAACAUUAGAAGGUUGUGUAUUAUAUUGUAUUUUUAUCUACUUUAUUUUUAAUUAAUCAUUAUUAAAAAUUUUAUUAAAUUUUUUAUUA